UGGUCUGUGUUCGAAUGCAUGUCAAAUGUCAAACAAAAUGUAACGUACAAAAUAAAAAUAAAUAUAUUUUUUAUGUAUUUUGGUAAAAAUAAAAAGUUUAAACAGAAUGGCACCGUCAAAAAGAAUCAAAACGUAUAGAAGAUCGAAUACAAGUUUAGUUAAUAAUUCUGUUGAUGCUUUUAAUGUGCUAUUUGCCAAAAACAUGACAAAGCGGUUACUUAUGAAAAAGAAAAAGUUUUCAGUAAAAGACCUGCCGCCAAGAAAUAAAUGUGAAUCUUUACUGGGUAACGAUUCGUUACAAAUCUCCACAGAUGAUACUUUUGAUAAGUUAUUAAAGAAGUCCAAAGAAAAACCUAAAGAAGUACCAACUGUAAAUAUUUCUUGUGAUAUAGCAAAUGCUGAAAUAGUUGCAAAUACCACUGUUAAUAAAUCUACUCGCACAACAAGAGCAAACAAUUCGUCCUUAUGUAGCUCUAGUUUAUUAAAUACUAAUGAAAAUAUUGACUCUGUUGAACAAACCCACCUGAGGAGACUUUUACAACCAUCCAUUGAAAAAAUAGAAGAAAGUUUAGAAAUUGAAAGUGCUCGACUAAAACCUAACUUUUCUCUCAGUUACAUCACAGUUCCUAAAGAAACAAAUACCUCUGCGGAAACAUCACACUUGGGGAUUUCUGCUACUGACUUUAUAAAAAAUUUACAACAAGAGGUAGUAACUCACUGUAGUACUCCCAUAGUUUCUUCAAAGAAGAAAAAAAAUGUUAACAAAGCAGUCUCCCCUAUAAAGAUUACCACAUUACUAAAGAAAACAUUCCAAGAUAUUAACAAAUGGGAUAGCGAAUUUCCAUUAGAAAAUCAGUCGGAUAACUCAAAAAACAUUUGUUUCAAUAGUUUCCUCAAUGGCCUAAAAAGUGAUCCACAGCAAUCUUCUAUUUGUAAAAACAAUAUUGAAAACUCAUACAUACAAGACAAAUUGAGCAAUAAAUCACCUAGAAGACAAAGCUUCAUAACAUUAAGAAGGCGAAAAGUUCUUAAAUCAUUCAAAAGAGAGAAAAAGUCCAAUAAUAUCAAGAAAAAUUUAACUGUGAGUCUAGAAUCAUUUUCUAAUUUUGAAAUAAAGAAUCUUUCCAAUCACCUAUUAUCGGAUUUAAAAGACUCUUUUUGGUCUCAUUUAUCUUUAGUAAACUUAACAUCAAAGAGAAAUAUGCUGAACCAAACAGAUUGGUCCAAUUGCAAAUCAAAUGAAAAAAUUGAUAAAGAAACAGAUUUGUCUACAUCUAGAGCUGUGUUUUAUCCGAAAAUAGAUAAAGAAUUAGUUGUUAAAGUUCCUAAACUGACUUUUGGGAAUACUUGUGAUGAUUUUGGAAAUGUCAAUUCUUUUCAAGUUGAUUUCAAAAAGGCUGCUAGAAAAACUAUAUCGGUGAUGGAAAAUGUGUCAAGACUUCAGACCAAAGAAGAUAUAUUUGAACAAUUUUACACAAGAAACAUCAAUCAAAUGGAUACCAAUAAAAUUAUUUUUGAACAGUUUUUCAAAAGGAAGCACAAAUCAAUGCCAAAUGAACAGUAUUUUAAUGCCCAAGAGAAAAGAGCGGACUUCACUACAUACACAAAAGAAAAAUAUAACAAUUUAAAUAAGGUGAAAGAAAAUACUAAGUGUAUUGAAUAUUAUGAAAAUUUAAAAGUAAAUAUGAGAAAAAGUCACUCCACAGAGGAUUUCGAAAAUUUCUAUAAAAACAAUUUAGGUCUUAUUGAAAAUAAAGAACAUUCUUCAGACACAGAAGAAAGCAAUGCUGGACACAAAGAGUACACAACAGAUGUAUCAAAAGAAAAAUUUGAAGACACAUUUGAAAGGUUUUACAAAACCAAAUUGAGCAUAUCUGAUCCAACAACUUCUUGUGCAAAAGUUAAGGAGAAAGAGUGCAUUAAAGACUUAAAAUUAAAUGUAACAAACAUGUUGAUAUCACAACUGGAAGAUACAUUCGAAAAAUUUUAUAAAAAUAAUAUUAAUAUGCAAAAUGACAAUUCUUAUCCAAAUCAGGAUGAAAUAAUGAAAAAAACAAGGGACUUGAUAGUAAAUCUGCCGAAAUUGUCACUAUUAGAAGAUGAAACAUUUCAUGAAAUUAAUAAUAUAAGGCAGAGUAACAGAUUGGGCUUGAAUCAGGAAGAAAUAGUAAAAGAACCAAAAGAUUUCAAAGAUAUUUCACAAGUUAAUGCAUUCGAUACAAACAAUGAAAUUUGUUCUUCAAAUCAAAAAACCAUAGGUAACGAUUUGAGAGAAGCGAUAACAAAUGUAUCCUGCAGUGCAGAAUAUGUCUUCAAAACAAGGACUAAAAAUUGUAAAAGUUACAAAAAAUACUCUUCGGAAGAUAAUGGUAAUACUAAAUGCAUUGAAGCAAAAUCAAAUUUGAUAGUAAACAUGCCAGAAAAACAGCUCAUUGUGAAUUUGGAAAGAAAUGAUUUUAAAGAUCUUUUGAAUGUUAAAGAAUGUAUCCCAUUUGUUACUGAAGAAGAUGCAACCAAAGAUGUAAUGGUUAAAACAUCUGAAACUCAGCAAUUCGAAGUGUUUUAUAAAGAUAAUUAUGGAGAAUUCAAUGUACCAAACCAGGUAGACAGUAUUAAUACAGAAACUAAGUCUCUGUCAAUUAAUUCAUAUACAAUAAAUUCAGACGAUGAGUGUAAUAUUAUAGAAAGUUCUAUAAUUGAAACCGAUGUAUUGAAAAAAAAACCAAAGGUCAGGUGCAAAACCAAAUUGAAAACUUUAGAGAAGAAAUUCAAAAAUCAUGAUCAAAAGAAUGAACACAUUAAUAAUUCAGGAAGGGUCACAAGUACUGAAAAGAUAUUGCACAUAACUGCUGAAAGUAUGUUAGGUAAUAAUUCUCAAAUACUGGGACAGGAUACAAGUUUGGAAAAUGACACUCUUCUAAUAAAACAAGAAAAAAAUAUUGAACAAUAUGCUGGAGCGAAAAAAUCAAAAUUGGAGAAGAAUAAUAAGCUUUCGAAUGGUGUUAAGAGAAGUGUGAAUAGUAAAACAAAUUCAAGGGAUUUUCCAAUUAAAAUCAAUGCUGAUAAUAUUGGAGAUUCAGAAAAUUUUGUAAGGCCUAAAUCCAAAAAAGUAAAGGAUCUUAAUCAGCGAGAGAAAUAUUCCAUUUCAAGACCUAUGACUAGAAGUUUGAAAAAAUUUCAAUCUCAAGAUAUUAUAAUGGUAGAUUCUAGUUGUGAUUCGAUUAAGUUAAAUGAAAGUAAAGGAGAUAAAGUUAUUAGUAAUUCAUGUUACAAUAAAUCUAAUCCAUUGGGUAUAAACCAAAAAAGUAAAAAAAUUGAAAAAAAGGUUUCAAACUCCAAGUACUUUGCGAGACUUUCAGAAAAAAUUAAGGAUAAGCCAGACAUUUUACCAACACAAGGCAAAUCUGUUGAAGAAACACAAAAUUUAUAUACCCAAUGUAGUCCUAAGGAAGUUUCUAACAUUUCUAGUUCAGAUAGUGAUUGUGUUUUUGUAAAAGCGUAUUCCAAUAAAUACAAUUUGAACGAUUCAGUCAUUAGAUCACCAAAAAGUAUUAUUUUCAAAGCAGGAAAACACUGGAGAAGGUCACUAUCUGUGUUUAAGAGAUCUAGUGUGUUUUUGGGACUUUCUAAGGAAGAUUCCUCUGGUUUGGUUGCAGGAAAAGCGCCAAGAUUAACUAGUCAAAGAAUCACAACUAGAUUUUCUGUGAGAUUUGUUCCCAUAAAGCCAGUACAGGAAUUACAAGGUGAACACCAUAAUACUACAAUUUUGGAAGACUUUGCACUAAAUUCCAGUUAUGUACCAGAUCAAAUCCUCGAAGCCAGUUUGGAAGAUACUUUUAGAUGUCUUUCGUUAAAUUCGAAUCAAAAAAGAGUUUCUGUUAAAAGUCAAUUAAGUGUACCUGUAACAGCAAAGGAAAUCGUUUUACGAACAUGCAGCCAGACGGAACCAAUACCAUUUUCACAAUGUUUUCCAGAGAGUGUUCUUCGGAACUGUCAGAAAAUAGGCGAGGGGGUUUAUGGGGAGGUGUUCCUCUUCAAGAAUCCCAAUGGAGGCACGUCAGUAUUAAAAAUAAUACCAGUAGAAGGCGACCAAAUAGUUAAUGGAGAAAGGCAGAAGAAAUUUGAAGAAGUUUUAUCAGAAAUCAUAAUAACAAUGCAACUGAGUAACCUCAGAAACAACAAACGAAAUGGUAUAGCUGCAUUUACAGAAGUGCAGAAAAUUCAAUGCGUUCAAGGAAGAUAUCCAGAAAAACUAAUAGACCUUUGGGACUUGUUCGAUGAAACUCGUGGAUCUGAGAAUGAUUGUCCAGAUAUUUUUGGAGACGAUCAACUUUAUAUUGUUUUUCAGAUGGGUUACGGUGGAAAAGAUUUGGAAUCUUUCGUAUUUAAUAGUGCUAUGCAAGCGUACUCUAUGUUUAAGCAGGUUGCAAUAGGACUUGCUAUAGCCGAGAAAGAACUAAAUUUCGAACAUCGUGAUCUUCACUGGGGAAACGUUCUAAUUUCAACAGUAGAAGCUAAUAAAAUCGCUUCGUUCAAUUUGGAUAAUAAAACUUACCAUAUACCCACUAUGGGUGUUGAAAUAGCAAUCAUCGACUAUACGCUAUCUAGAAUAGAACAUGACGGCGUCGUUAUUUUUAACGAUUUAGGUUUGGAUCCGGAUUUGUUCACAGCAGAGGGAGAUUAUCAGUUUGAAAUAUAUAGAUUGAUGCAACAGAAAAACAGGAACAAUUGGAAAGAAUUUGAACCAUUUACAAAUAUUUUAUGGCUCGAUUACAUCUUGGAGAAAGCAUUGGUGGCAUUGAGAUACAGGAACACAAAGACAAAACGACACAAAGAUUAUAUGAGGAAGUUGAAGAAUUUGAAAGAAGACGUCUUGUCUUAUCAGAAUGUCAACGAUUUUGUGGUUGCCAAUUUGUUAGAUAUUUAAAAAGUUUAUAGAUUAAUAAGAGAUAUUUUUUAUUAGGAAUGUAGUUGUGCCUAUUCAUCUUGUUUAUACUGUAAAAUAUCUGAUUCCGUAGAAGUAUAAUCAGUAUUUUAUUUUAAUGUAGUUUUUUAGUUUAAAGAGUUUUUUUGGAACUUCUUUGUUAAAAAUCGAGCAAAAAAUAAUUUCAGAUGUUAGUUCAAAGACAUAAAGUUUUAGUUACCAGCUAUAUAGGAUAUAUAUUAACCAGACGCAUGUGUGGUGAACUUUUGCAACUUCAUGUAUGUGCUGGGGUUAGAAUCACUCCUCAAGUGAAAAAAAUCAUUCUCGUUGUACUUUAUUUUUCAAUAAGACACACACUUACCAGGUUAAUACUGACUACACAAUUUACUUCGAUUACACCAACGCUCAGUUAUUACAUUGUCUGACGCGCGUUUCAAUAAUUAGACACUUUGCACUUUAUUGAUAAUAAUUUGGGCGUCAAUUGGUGUAGUGUGUUCAGAACUUUUCAGGUAUUUGAACUCAAAGCUACUUAAGAUUCUGAUAAUUUCAAAUUUUUAUAAUGUUCAACUUAUGGUUUGUAGCUAUGUUUUGUCAUAAUUUAAUUGAAGCGCGAAUAAGAAAAUUUUCCUGAUCGCAAUAAAAAAACUAAUUACAUUUCCUACAUUAUUAUGGUAAACGUUAUCAGUUUUCGCGAUUUAUUGUAGAAACAUUCUUUCAGGAUGUUUCAUUGACAUAAUAUUGAAGAAUAAAACACAAGGGAUGUUCGUUAAGUUACUUCCAUCUUUAAAUAAAACAGAAUCAGUACAGAACAGAAAUUAUUACACAAAAACUAUCAUCCUUAUACAAUUUUUCGACAUAGCUCUUUACUAAACAUUUUUCAAAGCGCAAUAUAAGUUUUUGUAUACGUUUCUUUUAGAAUGUAAGUAAUCGGGUAACAUGUUCUAGCUCAUGGUUAAAAACGUGAGUGAGUGUAAAGGUUUGGCAAUCUCGGUAACGUAUAACAGCGGGGAACCGCACACAAGGUGACUUGAAUGACACUAGUUUGCACCAUGAUUCCGAGUUCACAUUUUGACUUAGGUAUGGAUGUAUCCAAUAUUCUCUGCAAAUUGUUGCAAGACCAACUGAUUUUGUUUUAAAACAGCUGCAACGAGGGCGAUCGGCUUUACACUUCGCAAAUUUGUUGAAUUUCAUCUGGUUCAGCAUUUAGUAAACGUAUCACCAAUAUGGAAUGUCAAAAGCGCAGUUUCUAAUCAAUUCUACCAUUUUUAAUAAGCGCAUGUGCAUAUAUGCAUCCAACAACAGUGGUUAUUAUUCAUUGUAUCGAGGAGAAUAAUGUUAAUGGAAAUUAUUUUACAAAUAUACCUCAUAUUUAUUGAUGCAGUCGACUCUUGUUAAUUCGAAACUCGAGGGACUCUUGAAAUGUAUUACGAUUUAUCGAGUGUUUGAAAUAUCAAAUGGUUCGAAAUUUGUGAAAUAAAAUAAAUAAAACUUGGAAUUAUUAAGUGUUGAUCAAUUAUUAACUGCUAUUCUAUAACAAUGUCUGAAGUUUAGAGGUACAUACGUGUAUUCAUAAUGUGAAUUAAUUAAUCUUUCGAUAUAACUCUGCUUUAUAAGGCAUCGAAUGAGAAUCUUGCUUCCUUAACUCACACCUUUGCCAAAGGUUCUCUUAUAUCGUCCUCAUCUUCAUCGUUACUUUUUCCAUUCGUAUCUGUCGCAGAUAAAAUUUCGCCAUCAGUUAGUGAACCUGAGACAACACCUUCAUCCAUUAGAACAAAGUCAGAAAAACUCACCGCUGAUAUCAUCUAAGGGUUCUAUUGCUGGUUCUUCAUCAUCUAUAAGUAUUGGAAGAUAUUCUUUUAAUAAACAGGAUUUUUUAAGCAGUUGAGAAUCGUUAGGGGUGUUACAGCUCUCCAUGCCUUGUCAAUCAAUAAAAUACGGCCAGAACCGUGAUAUUUGCAGUUAGUUACUUGUCGAGAGAUUCUAAAACGAGCUUAAUAAUUUCUUUACGAUAGAACGUCUUAAAAUGAUGGAUGAUCCCUUUGUCUAAUGGUUGUAAUUUGGAAGUUUUAAUUGACGGAAAGAAGUAGACACGUUAGACAAUGUAGGAGGACUGUUGUGGAAAGUGUAAUUGUAUAAAAAUAGUAAAAUUUUCCGUUUUUAUUGUUUUAUGUCCCCAUUAACUAUUAAAAAGUUCUGUCGUUAUCUAAGCUUUUUUGUUAGCACGAUAAUCAGUAGGAAACGAUCUCACUCCUUUGAGACGUCGUGGUUUCAUUGCUUUUCCUAUCACUAAGGGCUCAAGUUUUUCCGAUCCGUCCAUAUUUAUUUCAAGUAAAACUAUCAACCUCUCUUUACUAUGUUUUCCCCAUGACAUUUUUCAUCAGUAUUAAAAAUGUCUCUGGCAUCAUAGUUUUCAAUCAAGGUGCCAAUCUAAGCAAACUGCAUCAUCAAUACUUCCACUUUCCCCACAAACUCUUAUAAACACAACUCUAUUUCUCUUUUUGAAAUUUGUAAGCCAUCUUUCACUUGUCGUAAAGUUUUUGUUGCUUAGAGUAGACGCAUUUUCCUUCAACAACUUUCCGCUAAUACCCACUUUUUGUCCUCAACACUGUCUUAUCCAAAUGAUCAGGCUUUCUUCCAGACGAGAAAUUUCACCUUUAGUGGUUCUUUUGAGAGAGUACUAAGUACUUUUUCGAUUAACUUCUUAUUUUCAGCAAUUGUUAAGCAUUUAUACUCUCUAAGGCUCAUAACAUAAGAAACUUUUUAUCUGUAUACCAACGAAAGAGUUAACAGUAACUGAAUGAUAACUAAAUAAACCCAUUCGUGAGAAGUGUGUGUCAAAUACUCAAACUAAUCAUAACAAAAACGAAGGCUCAUGUACGUUGAUACAAGUUUGAACUUGUUGCAAAAUGUACUUUGAUCUUUCCGCCUCUUUCUCUCUGCAACUUUGAAUUGUCGAGUGUUGGACUCCUAUUAGUUCGAAUUAACGCAUCGUUUUGUUAUAUAUCAAUAAUUUUUUUCAUUCGAAUUGCCAAGUGCAUAAAAAUAUAUUGAUUUAGUUUGAAAUAUGAAGAGAUUUUGUAGGGAAUUCGUGAGAACUUUGAAUUGUAGAGAGGUUCGAAUUAUCGCAGGUUUUAAUCAACGAGAGUUUUUCUAUUUUUCAAAUAUUUUUUUAUCAUUCAAAUUUCAUCUUUUUUGUAUAAACACCGAUUCAAUGUAUUUUUUUGAGGCCUUAGAUGCUAAAAAUAAACGCACAGUAAUUGAUCUUUAUUUUCUAAUAUAUUUUCAGGUGUCUCUAACUGUAUCCAAUAAGUCUAAGGUCACUGCCGAAUUAUAUUUUUAACGCUAUUCUGUAGAUAUGUAAAUUAUAUAAAACAGAUUACAAAUUUUUUUAUACUAUGAAUAAAACGCUCAAUAAUUUAA